AUGAACUGGCUGAUGACUGGGUGUAACCCUUGCCACUAUGAGGGUAUCUUUUGUGAUUAUUACAACCACAUUGAGAGCAUUGUGUUGCCAAAGCGUGGACUAACAGGGACACUGCCCGCCACAAUGGGGAACCUUGUACAUCUUGAGUACCUUCAAUUGGAGGAAAACCUUCUCCAUGGGACCAUCCCUUCUGAACUAGGAAGUCUUGCAAACCUCAAUGAGCUAAAGCUGCAUGAUAAUGACUUGACGGGAGGAAUGCCGGAUGAAAUCUGCGCUCUAAAGGGAUGGAAUGGUAUCUUCACAUACGUCACAUCAGAUUGUGGCGGCCCCAAUCCAGAUGUAUCCUGCCAUUUUCCGGACUGCUGUAGUGAAUGUCGCUUCUCAUGA